AUGAAGCUUUCCGUGGGGCUUGCGGCAGCCCUGACCGGCGUCGCGACCGCGCUCUCUAUCCAGCCCGCUGACGUAUAUCUCCUACAAUCGAAGCAGCCCUCUAGCUCCGACAUCCCAUCAUUACCACGACAGAUUGCCCGCCUUAUCCUUCUCCAACGACUGUCUCCCGAGGGCCAACAUGCAUCCUGGGAUCUGCCUGAUUCUAUUUCCAACGAGAAGGCCGUCACCUACUUGAACGAGUUCGGCAAGGCCCCUCAGGCCCUCUUCAGCAACGCCGCCUCCACAAACCCGUCCCAGCUUGUCGUCAUGCUCGAGGGCAUCACUGCCGUUGAUGCGAAGACGCUCCAGAAGUCUCUUGCCGCCUCUGGACCUACUUUCAGAGUUGGAGAUGCUCCAUCGAUCACGGCUAACGAUAUGCUGCUCGCCAACGACUUGCCAUCGGUUGGCGUCACCGCGAAGAACUGUGCUUUCGAUAAGGCCAUCAACCCUUUCGCGGAGCAAUGUUGGAGUGGAAAGUCAUCUGUCGUCAGAUACGACACGAAGAAGGUAAUCAUCGAUUCUCUCGCAUAUGUCGCACGAUUCACAGAAAUUAACGCUUUCCUUUCUCAGGACUCGUCCAUUCUCGCGGCCCUUACCGAGAACGCCACCCUUCUCAAGCAGCUUGCUACCAAUGGCGAGAUGGAAACCGUCAUCAUUGCGAUGCCUGAGUCAUCCCGCAACUCCAACUUGCGCCACUGGUCUUCCAAGCCUGAAGAGCUCCGUCGCCGCCAAGUGGAGGAAGUCAUGACCAUGACCGAAACCGACGACCAUGACCAACCCGCGCCCACUACCCCCAUCCAGAGCCCGGCGCCAUUUGUCGGCAACGCUGAGAGAGGUGCUUUGCCCUCUUGCUUUGGCUCGCAGGAUGCCUGUGUCAAGGCCACUGGCAACUGCUCAGGUCACGGCGAGUGCCUGAACAAGUAUGCCAGAGCGGAUGGCCAGGCCGCAGGAACCUGCUUUUCCUGCCUGUGCCUCGGAACUAAGAACUCGACAACCGGCAGUGUCACUCACUGGGGUGGCAAGACCUGCAGCAAGGUCGAUGUUAGCGUUCCCUUCUGGCUUUUUGUCGGUUUCGGUAUUGCUAUGGUCGGAACCCUGACCUUUGCUAUUGGUCUGCUGUUCAGCGUUGGCGAGGAGAAGCUUCCGGGUGUCAUUGGCGCUGGCGUCUCCAAGACCAAAUAG